UGUAGUGUGUAGCGUUGACACCUCAAAAUACUUGAUUUAAUGGAUGCAAAAUCAGUUGGUACCGGAUCUGUAAUUACCAACGCUACCGGAAGUUCGGAAACGUACGUGAAUGGACACGGCGCUGUUUCCAUGCCCGAUGGCCCAUCUGCCGACAUCGAAGGGGCGGCAUCCGCCGACGCAGAGGGAACCGGUUCCGGAAACGAAGAAGAGAACAAACCUGCCGGCAGACGAUGGAGGGGCCCGCCAAAGAACUCCAGUCGAUACGGAAUAAAACAUUCCUUACAACGCAUGGCAGUUAAAUACACGCCGCCGAAAAUCGAAGGUCCCAAAAAGCCGCUGCACGCAUGCGCUCCGUGCGCUCGUGAACAUCUGGACGUUGACGCUUCGAGUUACUGCUCCGAUUGCAAGGAGAAACUGUGUUCCGGAUGUAGCGCCCAGCACCGACGGUUCCUCGUGCUCAAGACGCACAAAUUGGUAGGCCUCGAGGAGGCGCCGAAAGCGGAAGUAGUAAAAGUGGAGCGCAUCAAACUGACAGAGACGUGCGCCACACACGCCAACAAGCUUCUAGAUUUGUACUGCCGGUCACAUGAUCAGGUGGCGUGUUCGGCAUGCAUUGCUCUGUCUCACAAGGGAUGCGGGGAACCAGAAUACGUGAGCACCAUAGCAGCAGAUCUGCUGAAAACGGGGUUACAGAAAGUGACAAACGACGAACUGAGUCGCGUGAAAAAAGACAUCUUCCUUCUCAAGCUUCGACGAUUGGCUGAUAAAAAUAGAUUCACUAAAGCAAAGGACGAUAUUUUAGUAACUAUAGAGGGAAUCCAAAAACAGGUGAUGGAGAUUUUUGAUAAACUGGCACAAAGCGCCCGCGAUAAACUAACCACUCAUUUUGAUAAAAAAAUGGGUGCUAUCAAAGGUGACAUUAAGAGUUGUGACAACGCAAUUGCAUCCCUAGAAGAUAGCAUUAAGAAAACAAAGGCUGAAAAUGAUGCGCAGCUGUUAAUUAACAUUAAGAGGGACUGUCGCGCAAGUUUGGAAAUAGGUGAACAGGUUUUGAUUAAGGUAACUGAAAGGUUGGGUCAGGAAGAUGUUAAAUUUACUGUAGAUAAUGGCAUCUUAGAAUGGCUCAGAAAGUUAACCGCCCUUGGUAAAUUCGAACACGAGGUCAGUAUUUAUUCGGGGAUAUUUUUCGGUAAAAGCGACCUGGACCAAAAGAGUGAUACGGAAAAAGAGAACUAUGUGUUCAACAACUUGUUGAACCUUCCGAAUGGUUUCACUAUUGUGAGCGAUUGGAAAAAUAAGAGGUUGAAGAUUCUCGACACAAAUUACAAUCUCCGGAACCAUUGCGACACCCCCGGGGAGCCGUACGCCCUGUGCUCGGUGCAACCAAACAUGAUCGCCGUCACCCUCCGCGACGAAAAGAUCAUACAGUUCGUGUCGCUGGACAACACGAAGAUGAAACUGGACAGGAAGUUUAAAAUCGACGAAUAUUGUCGAGGGAUAGCUUGUAAGAAUAACCAGUUGUUCAUCACAUGCGGAGGAGGGGAGGGCGAGAUACACGGGCAGCUGCGCGUGUACUCUCUACACGGCGCUCUCGUGCGCGUGUUCGAGGAAGACAUCCAAGGGAAGCCGUUCUUCGGCCAACCCAAGGACGUCGUCAUUAACGACGAAGGCACGAGAUUUCACGUGGCCGACUUGAAGCGUGGCGUCGUUACAAUCAGCCCGGAGGGUCGUCUGUUGUCGAUUUUCCACGAUCCCGGCUUGGUAUCGCCGCUGGGGCUAUGCAUGGACGGAAAGGGGAACCUGUUCGUGAGCGGAUGCGAGUCCAACAACGUCAUCCAGUUCACGGGCGAAGGGAAGAAGCUGUCGGAGGUGCUCAAUGAGACGGACGGGCUGACGCGCCCGCUGGCGAUCUGUUGUCAUGAGAGCGUGAUUCCCCGUCUGGUCGUGGCAUCGGAAGACUCGUGCACUAUUAAGGUGUACACGCUGCAAGAGAAACUGUAGGAGCGCGUUAUCCGUAUUAAUAAUA